UGUAUCUGUCAAGCUCUUUAAUUUAGGCUCUUCGCAUUCAAGUGUCAAGCACGUACCAUUCUACAGUUCUCGCAAUGCCACCCACACUCAUACUCGUCCGCCACGCGCAGGCUCUGCACAACGUCGACAAAGACUACACUCUCCACGACCCCGAGCUGUCCGAACUUGGGCGGAAACAAUGUGCAGAGCUGAAGGAGCAACUUAUCCCGAGGAUACCCAAGAACCUUGACGUGGGCCUCAUCAUCGUCAGCCCGAUGAAACGGACUCUUGAGACGGCUUUGCUAGCGUUUGGUGAGCUUAUCGACAGGGGAAUACCGAUCGUUGCGCACGCCGGUUGGCAGGAAACCUCAGCCAAACCCUGCGACGUCGGCUCCCCUCUCGCUUCCCUUCCCCCUCUCUUCCCCCAAGUCGACUUCUCCCACGUCGACCCGGUCUUUCCCGACAAGACCUCCCCGGCGGGAGCCUUUUACAGGUACUCGCGGCAGGCCGUUGUCCACCGGGGGCAGACCGUCCUGCGCGAGCUGCGCGACCGGCCAGAGAAGGCCGUCAUCGUGGUCUCGCACUCGGGGUUUCUGAAGCACGCUGUCACGGGCCAUUUUUACAUGAAUGCCGAUUACCGCAUAUUUGACUUUGUUGACGGUCACGGUGAUGGUGCGUUGAACGGGAAUGACGCGGUGUUGCGCCAGUGGGAGGAGACGAAGAAGGGCGGAAUGGGGUGGAGCUGGGAGGAGACAGUGCCUUUGGGGGAUGGGCUGCCGGAUGAUGAUGAUUUUGCUGUUGAUGCGAUCACGGUGGACGCUGGGGACGGGGAUGGGUCCGUGAAUGAUGUGCAGGUACAUACUUGAUAACGUACCUCGAUAUGUGGUGAGGGGUUGCGGAUGUGGUGUAGCCGAUGUAGUUCGGUCAGGAAGGAAGAUUUGUUGCCCUCUCCCGUGUUGCGUUGGGUUAUUUUGGGUUUCACGCACGAGCUGUCUGCAGCUUCCCUAACGCAAGCGGCUCGCACUUGGAAGGGCAGGAGCGGUAGAUAUCCGCCUUAGAGAGGAGGAGCAUUGAACUGAUCUUGGUUUCUUUCUCACCACAUGACCGACCUGAGUAGGUAAAUGACGACUUGUAUCACAACAACAGUUUUCGUUCUCACCGUUUCUCGCAUGCAUUUCCUUGCCGCGCAGCUCCCUGUACACUCUCAAGUGCGCCUGGCUAUCAAUUCACGUUCAACUUCCGAUGCCCUUCGAGAUCCCAACUUGGCCGCAGGGCCCCGGAAGGGCAGUCUUGGCGCAGCACGAAACAAUCAUGGCAGCCAGAAACAAUGGAGCUGAGAUCCGAU